AUGCCCACUCACGCUACCAUCGAAGUUCCCAAUCUUGGCAAGGUUCAAGUACCCACUGGUCUGUUUAUUGACAAUGAAUGGGUCGAAUCUCUGUCCAAGGAAACUUUCUCGACCGUCAAUCCCGCCACCGGAAAACCCUUUCUGGACUUCGAGCACGCAAAGAAGGAAGAUGUAGACAAGGCGGUGGCAUCGUCUAGAAAGGCAUUUAAGACAGUGUGGGGCAACAACGUUGCUGCGACGGAACGAGCUGCCUUGCUCAAUAAGUUCGCAGAUCUCAUGGAACGAGAUGCGGCAAAGAUCGGUGCUCUCGAGUCGUUGAAUUCUGGAAAGGGUGUAAGGAUCGCUCGUGAAUUUGACGUCGGAGACUCCAUCGCCGCUUUCAGAUAUUACGCUGGACUCGCCGACAAAUCUCAUGGUCAGACAAUCAACCAUUUCGGAGGAGAGAAGUUUGUAUACACUCUGCAUCAACCGAUCGGUGUUUGUGGACAGAUCAUCCCAUGGAACUACCCUCUCAUGAUGUGGGCCUGGAAGGUUGCACCAGCUCUCGCCGCUGGUUGUACUGUAGUGAUGAAACCCUCGGAGCUCACUCCUCUCACAGCUUUAGUGAUGUGUGAUCUGGCCAAGGAAGCUGGUAUACCUGCUGGUGUGAUCAACACUCUUCCUGGUCUCGGUGCUACUACUGGCGAUGCCAUCUCCAGGCAUAUGGACAUUGACAAGGUCGCUUUCACUGGAUCGGUCAUCACUGGCCGAAGGAUCGCUAUUGCAGCUGCCGAGUCAAACUUGAAAAAGGUCACCCUUGAGCUGGGAGGCAAAUCGCCAUCGAUCAUCUUCGAUUCUGCGGAUGUAGAGCAAGCUGCUUCUUGGGUAGCAAUGGGUAUUUGGUUUAAUUCGGGUCAGGAUUGCACUGCUAGUAGUCGACUGUACGUCCAGGACGGUAUCUACGACCAAUUCAUCGAUGCCCUCGCUUCCAAAGCCAAAGCAUGCGCUAUCGGUCAGCCAUCUGACGAGACAACUUCUUUCGGACCGCUCAUUUCGGAGGGUCAACGGGACAAAGUACUCGACUAUAUAGAAUCAGGUCGAUCGGAAGGUGCCAGAGUGGUGACAGGCGGACGGAAGUGGGAUAAAUCGAACGGAGGGUUCUGGGUCGAACCUACGAUUCUUGCCGAUACCACGAUCGGGAUGAAAGUUGUUCAGGAAGAAAUCUUCGGUCCUGUCAUUGUCGCCUCCAAGUUUAAAACUGAAGAGGAGGUUAUCGACUUGGCCAACGAUACUGCAUACGGCUUAGCUGCGAGUGUCUUCACCAACGACGCCAGGCAACAGACGAGAUUGGCGCAUUCCAUUGACGCAGGUACCAUCUGGCUCAACCAAUAUGGUAUACUUCACCCUAGUGUACCUUUUGGUGGGUUCAAGACGUCUGGUAUCGGCAGAGAGCUGGGUACCUACGGUCUAGAAGCCUACCAGCAGGUCAAGGCGGUUCAUCAAAACCUCACCCAGACCAUGUAA